UGCCGUUGCUCUAGCUCUUCCUUAAUAUAGAAAAUACAUAUCACGUUCUGCAAAUAAAAAAAUAUUUCGUUGCACAUCCUACUGAACGCUAAACAUAUCUCUGGGACGGCAUUACAUUCCGAUUUACUGUGCUGUUUCUAAAGUUAUUAAAUUAUACAUUUAAAAUUUGGAACAAUUUUAAACAAUGUCAUUUUUCUUAAUUCAUACUCUGGAACUGACGAUUGUGUUGUCUAUUAUACUUAACGUUGAAUGCACGAUAGAUCAAAUAAAAUGCUACCAGUGUGAGGUGACAGAAAAUCAUUUAUGCACAGAUGAAUAUCUUCUGUUGUGCCAAAGAGCUUACGAUAUGUGUCUCACCAGAAUAUACAAGAAAAAAGGAAACCAAACUUGGAUCUACAAAAAUUGUGCGCUAGGACCGUGCGCUUUGAGAGAUGAUACACAAACCGCUGGUCUUGGUUUGGAUCACUGUGAUCGCAGUCAGGAUGAAUUUGAUUGCAUUAGUUGCUGUAAAGGGGAUGGUUGUAAUAAAAAUGCAGGCUAUAAUUUUGCGCCAGCCCUAACAUUGUUGACUAUAUUAAUGUUUUUUUCAUCUUUCAUCAAAUAUUACUAAUAUAUUUAUACUAUGUGAUACUGGGAUAAUAAUAACAGUUCCAUAUAUGUCUUAUUUUUACUGAAAUCUUUGUCUAAUUUAAACUUUUAUUUAAACUUCGAAAAAAAAAAUGCCUAUAAGAGAGUUGAAGAUCAUCUUAAAAGCAAUACUGACUGUAUGUAUUUUUUUUUUACAUGAUGGA